CUCUCUUUAUGACGCCGGUUUAGUUGAGGAGCCAAACUGAAAUUCUCAGUUUACAGAGGGAAUACACUGGAAUUAAAAGGGGGAGAGAAUGUCGACCAGAUACCACCAGGCUGCCGUAGAUGGUUAUCCGGAUAUCUUAAAGGAAGCCACUAAAAAGGAUGUUAACACCACAGAUGGGGAUGGAAUGACUCCCACUAUUCUAGCUGCUUACCAUGGCCAUCUGGAUGUCCUUGAGCUCUUGUGCCACAGAGGAGGGGAUCCAGACAAAAGUGACAUUUGGGGAAACACGCCCCUGCACCAUGCAGCUGAAAAAGGGCACUCGAGCUGUGUUUCCUUCCUGGUCAACUUUGGAGCUAAUAUAUUCGCGCUGGACAACAAAUAUCGUACCCCACUUGACGUGGCUGCUAUAAAAGACCGCACCGAGUGUGUCAAAAUUCUGGAUGGAGCAGCAAAUAAACAAACAUCCCUAAACCCUAAAAAGGUAGAAAGACUGAAGGAACAAGCAGUGAAGGAUGCUGAUAGAAAAGUCAAAGAAUGUGAGAAAAUUCAAGAUCGGCAUCAGAAUCAGAUGACCAAGAAUUUUAAUAAAAGUAAAGGCGGGACAGUUAACUCUUCCAAAGGAACCUUGUCCGGCUCAGAUGGUGCUCGUUUCUCUACUCCAUCUACAAUAAGCAGUAUCUCCAAAGGUCUUAAGGACACGUUCCAGCUGAAGUUAAAAAAGAAAGACAAGAACACAAUUGACAGGGAAACAGUGAGAAAUGUGAUAUUUGCCAAUGAUGAAAGUGUCAGUUCUUCACGUCCCAAAGCCAUGGAUGUUUUUAAUGAAAAUGAGGAAGAAACUGAAGGGAAAGAAAAAGAAUCCAUUUUCAAUCGGCCUGGUCUUGGGAAUAUAGUGUUCCGACGCAAUCUAGCUUCAGGAAUCAGUUCUGAUUUUGAUGAUCUAUCAACAGCUAGAAGUGGUUUAGGUUUCCAGGUUCCAAGUGAGCUGUUUACAGAUGAAACUGAAAACGGGGAAGAGUCGGAUAAUGAACAAGAAUCGAACGUGGCUUGGGAUGAAGAUGAGAUGGAAUUGGAAGAUGAAGGUGAAACCUCUCCUCUUCAGGUUUUUCUGGUAUCUCAUGGUUUGCUAGAAUUAUAUGCUACUCUUAUCAGGGAAAAGAUAGAUUUGGAUGCUCUUAUGCUUUGUGUUAAUGAAGACCUACAAAGCAUUAACAUUGCGCUUGGACCGAGAAAGAAGGUUCUCAAUGCCAUAGAAAAAAGGAAGAACAUCAUGGUCAAACCAGGAAAAACCACUGACACUAAAUUAUAAAACUGGUAUGAGCUCUUAACCUGUGUAUUACCUGACCCAAUGCAUUCAAGGGCUCAGAUGGUAUUGUAGUUGGUAUCAUUCAUCCAAUCUUCCUCUCUCCUCAGCGGAUUCACUGAGCAAAAGACUGGUGCAUGACAUGAUUUAAAGGCAGUUACAUGCCUGGAACAAGUGUAUGAGGAUGGCAAAACAAACAGUUUUAGUGGUACACAUCAAGGCAAGACAUUUCAAUUUCUAAUCUGUAUUGUUAAAUUAUUUUCAGUGGCCAAGAUGUACAAAAGAACAAAUGGAUGCACUCGUUGGUCAAGUUUCUAGAAUUUAUUCUUCAAUGUGUACUAGGCCUUCAACAAAUCAUAGUGUUUACUCAAUCAUUUGUAAAAUCUGGAAAAUUCAGUGGUCAUUUUGUUAUUAUUAGAAAAAGUCAUAAGACAACGAAUGGAAAGUAGGCGCCAUGUUGUUGCUUUUUGCUGUUUUAUGGGGAACUAUUGUGAAAAUGAAAAUUUAAUAUAAGCUUCCUCAUGCUGAAGUAAG